AUGCGUCAGUAUUUAUAUUACCAACUUUUCUUUAUUGUACUCGUAUGGAUUCCAGCAAUUCAUUCAUUGGAUCUAAUGAGUGAUACUUGGACUGCUACAGAUGGUCUUGGCCGUUCCUUACCUAGAGAAGCUAAACUACCUCGACAAGAUCGCUUCGUUGGUGUCUUUUAUUUUCUUUGGCUUGGACUUGAAACUAGCGAUGGCCCUUUUGAUAUCAGUAAGAUUAUAACAGCGAAUCCGGAUGCUAUGCAACAACCCAAUAAUACAGCAUGGGGUCCUUUGUAUCAUUAUCAUCAUUGGGGUGAACCUUAUUUUGGUUAUUAUCGAUCUACUGAUCAAUGGGUCAUUCGUCGGCACGCUAGAAUGUUGGCUAAUGCUGGUGUUGACGUUAUCUUUUUUGACGUGACAAAUACAGCUGUGUAUCUUGAAUCUUUUCAAGCAUUAUGUCAAGCAUUUUCUGAUGUUCGAGCACAAGGAGGAACAACACCUCAAGUUGCAUUUCUCACUCCUUUUGGAGCACCUCUUCAAACAGUAGAAACUCUCUUUGAUAAUAUUUAUAAGAUACAUUACUAUUCAGAACUAUGGUUUAUAUGGGAGGACAAACCAUUGAUUCUUUCCAAUCCACAAUUCUUUCAACAACGUCCAGAUAUUUUAAAUUUUUUUACAUUUCGAACUCCUCAACCGGAUUAUUUUAUUGGACCAACUGGACCUAAUCAGUGGGGAUGGUUAGAAGUAUUUCCUCAACAUAUUUUCAAGAAUAGUGCUAACAUCUCGGAACAGAUGACAGUGGGAGUAGGUCAAAAUGCAGUUGGUAACCGGCUUGGAUCGAUGAGCGAAACUGGUUCUAGAGGACGUAGUUUUCAUAAUAAUACUAUUCCAACUGGCAACACGUUAACACCAUAUGGACUCAAUGUUCAAGAACAAUGGGAACGUGUUUUACAGAUCGAUCCACAAUUUGUUUUUGUUACCGGUUGGAAUGAAUGGAUUGCAUUGCGUCUUUCAGAAUUUGCUAGUAUUAAACUUCCUGUAAUGUUUGUUGACGAAUUUGAUUGGGAACAUAGCCGUGAUAUGGAACCUUGUGCUGGUGGUACAGAUGGAGGAUUUCCCGAAGGUAAGUUGAAUAAAUUAGAUAUGGUGAUUUUUUUAAAUUCUAAAAUAAUAAGAUCAUGUUUUUAUAAAGGUAAUAACUAUCAAGAUGCAUACUACUAUCAAUUAGUUAGCAAUAUUCGUCGUUAUAAAGGUGCUAGAGCUAUUCCUACACCUACCGCACCAACUACUAUUAUUAUUGGACCGGACUUUAAGCAAUGGGAAACAGUUGGACCUUCAUAUAUCGAUUAUACUAAUGAUGUAGAACAUCGUGACGAGAUUGGUUAUAAUACUAGUUUUAGAUACAAAGAUGACACAGGUCGAAAUGAUAUUGCAUUGGUAAAAGUAGCAAGAGAUACCGAUAAUGUUUAUUUCUAUGCUCGAACAAAUCGAACAUUGACAAAUGCUAAAAACAGUUCAAACUGGAUGCUUUUGUUCAUAAAUAUUGAUCGCAAUUUCGAAACAGGAUGGGAAGGAUUCGAUAUUGUUAUCAAUCGUCAUAUCAAUGGUUCUCUUACAUCUGUUGAAAGAAGUGAGAUGGGCUGGAAUUGGCAAUUAAUUUCUCAAGUUUCAUUUGUUACUGUAGGUAAUGAAUUACAUUUAGCCGUUCCACGAACAUUAUUGGGUUUCAAUACCACUGUUCCUGUAAAAAUUGAUUUCAAAUGGGUAGAUAAUAUGAUACAAGAUGGUGAUAUACUCAGUCUUAUUCGAAAUGGAGAUACUGCACCUGAUGGUCGAUUUAGCUACAUGUUCGAUGGCUAA